CAGCCGCCGCCGACCCUGGAAGCGGGAGCGGGUGCAGAGCCCCGGGAGGCGCCGGUGGAGCCCGACCGCGACGAUCCCAGGGAAGAGGACGAGCCCAAGCUGGCACUCGGCUCGCAGGUAGGGGCAAGCGAGGCGACUUCGGCUGCUCUAGUGCUUUCUCCUCCUUGGAGCGGGAGCAGGGAGCGGGGCGGGGUUGGACAGGGAUCGGAGCACCCCUCCCCCCCGGACCCCUCCCCGAGUCCCCGACUGAGGCAGGACACCUCUCGCAAACCGAGGCUUGGCCGGCCCUCCUACCACCAGGCUGCAGGCGGCCCCUCUCCCUCUCCCCGCCGGCUCCGGACUGGAGCCGAUGCUAAACGUUCUGACCGCACGAUCACACCGGGUCUGGGACCAUGGCUCAGCUCUCUGCCAUCCACCUCCCUCUGCACCCACCUGCUUCUCCACCUACUACCCACAUCGGGGCUCUGACCCCCACACACACACCUUCAGGGAGCAGCUCCCCUCCUGCUGCUGCACUGCCUUCAGCCACUGCCCCCAGCAGCUGUGCCCCGGCAUCUGACUUCUGGGAUCUUCCUCUUCUCCCCCUGUCCAGCAGACAGUUGGAGCCGACAGCCAGGCUAGAACUCCCCACUAGGGUGGAUACCCAGCAAAACUUGCCCUUUCUCCCCCUAUAUCCCUGUUGUCCCACAAGGCGUUCCCCCGACCACCACCCCAGAUCCCUGGUUUGGCGAAUCCUGCUGAGCACAGUGAGCAGUAGUAGGAGGGUUCCUGAAAGCUUCCAGCUUGCCACCUGGAAAAGGUCGCUUUCUUUUGAGCAAAGGAGAUAAUAGGAGGUACCCUGCCAGUGUUGACUGAGAAAGCGGGGAGGCGUGGGCCACAGUUGCUCUGGGAGGGUUGUGGCACCCGGGGCUGGGUGGCUUCACCCUAAGCUUGCUCUGACAAAAGAGUUUUGAGUUGGUUUUUUGGCUGAGCCUGCCGAGGAAAGCAGGCCCCUGCAGGAGUCUUGGAGGGUCGGAUGCAGCGCCGGAUGAGGAUGAGGCGUGGCGGAAGAUGCGUUUGGUUCUGCAGACACUGCAUCGGGCAGCAGGGGACUCUGGGAGGCUGGUGCAGCCUGAAGGCAUGGCUCUUGACAGCCUUCUAGUAGAAUCUCUGGAAUUGUGCAUGUACCCCCCACCUCCAGCCAGUCUGUGCAGACUUGCUGCUUGCUGUGUCAUCGAGAACGAAAAGGCUGGGAAGAAGGCCCUUCACAGAAUGGACUGGUAUUGCAGGGUGAGAAGCUGCCCCCUGACUUCAUGCCAAAGCUGGUCAAGAAUCUCCUAGGUGAGAUGCCUCUAUGGGUCUGCCAGAGUUGUCGAAAGAGCAUGGAGGAAGAUGAAAGGCAGACUGGUCGAGAACAUGCAGUGGCGAUCUCCUUGUCACACACUUCCUGCAAAUCACAGUCUUGUGGGGGUGAUUCUCACUCCUCCUCGUCGUCCUCUUCAUCAUCUUCAUCUUCAUCUUCCUCUUCCUCCUGCCAUGGGAACUCAGGGGACUGGGAUCCCAGCUCAUUCCUGUCGGCACAUAAGCUCUCAGGCCUCUGGAACUCCCCACACUCCAGUGGGACCAUGCCAGGCAGCUCGCUCGGGAGUCCACCUGCCAUCCCUGGUGAGGCUUUCCCCGUCUCGGAGCACCACCAGCACUCAGACCUCACUGCUCCUCCUAAUAGCCCCACUGGCCACCACCCCCAGCCAGCAUCUCUGAUCCCCUCUCACCCUGGCUCUUUUAGCUCACCACCCCACCCACACCUGCUGCCCACCACCCCAGCAGCACCUUUCCCUGCCCAGGCUUCAGAGUGCCCUAUGGCUGUUGCUGCUGCUCCCCACACGCCAGGGCCAUGUCAGAGCCCCCACCUGCCCUCCACCAGCAUGCCACUCCUGAAGAUGCCUCCACCAUUCUCGGGAUGCAGCCACCCGUGCAGUGGGCACUGCAGUGGGCACUGUAGUGGGCCUCUUCUCCCACCAGCAAGCCCUCAGCCACUCCCUGGCACUCACAGCAGGGACCCCGGGUGCAAAGGGCACAAGUUUGCACACAGCGGCCUGGCCUGCCAGCUGCCCCAGCCCUGCGAGGCAGAUGAGGGCCUGGGUGAGGAAGAGGAUAGCAGCUCUGAGCGAAGCUCCUGUACCUCGUCCUCCACCCACCAGAGAGAUGGGAAGUUCUGUGACUGCUGCUACUGUGAGUUCUUCGGCCACAAUGCGCCACCCGCUGCCCCGACGAGUCGGAAUUAUACCGAGAUCCGGGAGAAGCUCCGCUCGAGACUGACCAGGCGGAAAGAGGAACUGCCCAUGAAGGGGGGCGCCCUGGGCGGGAUCCCUGGGGAGCCCGCCGUGGACCACCGAGAUGUGGAUGAGCUGCUGGAAUUCAUCAACAGCACGGAGCCCAAAGUCCCCAACAGCGCCAGGGCCGCCAAGCGGGCCCGGCACAAGCUGAAAAAGAAGGAAAAAGAGAAGGCCCGGUUGGCAGCAGAAGCCCUGAAGCAGGCGAAUCGUGUUUCUGUAAGCCAGGAGCCAAGGCCUGCCAGGGAGAGGCUCUUAGAGUGGCCUGACCGAGAGCUGGACCGGGUCAACAGCUUCCUGAGUAGCCGCCUCCAGGAGAUCAAGAGCACUGUCAAGGACUCCCUUCGUGCCAGCUUCAGCGUGUGUGAGCUCAGCAUGGACAGCAGUGGCUUCACUAAGGAGGGGACUGCAGAGCCCCAGGCCCAGACUCUAGCCCCUUCAGAGUUCAACAGCUCCUCGGAGCAACGGUCUGACAUCAACCUUGAUCUGUCCCCCUUGACUUUGGGCUCCCCACAGAACCACAUGUUACAAGCUCCAGGUGAGCCAGCUCUACCGUGGGCAGAAAUGAGAGGCCCCCACCCACCAUGGACAGAGCUGAGGGCCCCCCCUCCUGGUAUCAUCCCUGAGAAUGGCCUAGUGAGGAGACUCAACACCGUACCCAACCUGUCCCGAGUGAUCUGGGUCAAGACACCCAAGCCAGGCAACUCUAACUCUGAGGAACCAAGUUCAAAGGAUGUCCCCAGUUGCAAACAGGAACUAUCUGAGCCUGUGGCCACAGGUGGGAAGCCAAGAAAGGGCAAGAGACAGGGCAUUCAGGCCAAGAAGAAUGAAGCAAGCCCAGCUUCCCGGCCCCCAGCCAGCCUAGAGGCUCCCAGUGCCAAGAGCCAGAUGCCAGGUCCCAAGCAACCAGGCAAGGCCCCAGAACCUCCCAAAGUGGGCAGUGGUGCUGAGGCUGGAGAUAGCAGCCGGGGGAGCCAACCAGGACCAGGAUGGGCUGAGAAGGAGAAGGGCAACUCCUGGCGGAACUGGCCAGGGGAGGCCAAGGCACGACCUCUGGAGCAGGAGUCUGUACAACCUCCAGGCCCAGCAAGGCCACAGAGCUUGCCCCAGGGCAAGGGCAGGAGCCGCAGGAGCCGCAACAAGCAGGAGAAGUCAGCCUCCUCGUUGGACGAUGUGUUCCUGCCCAAGGAUAUGGAUGGGGUGGAGAUGGAUGAGACUGACCGUGAGGUGGAGUACUUCAAGAGGUUCUGUUUGGAUUCUGCAAAGCAAACUCGUCAGAAAGUUGCUGUGAACUGGACCAACUUCAGCCUCAAGAAAACCACUCCCAGCACAGCUCAAUGAGCCCUGCCCAGGUCAAGCUUCUUCAGGGCAUCCUGAGGCCCCAACUGCAAGCUGAAGGUCUACAGUUUCUCCCUCCACGUGCCCUGUACACUUGCCCUGACCCUCCCUGCUCCCAUUGUCCCGGACCAACCAAAAGCUGAAUGGAUGCCGCACUAUGCUGGGGCCCUUCAGGACCUCAGCAGAGCUGCUUCCUGGUGCUACGCAGCCUCCAUACUCAGAGCCCGGGGACUGGGCUGGCCUGUGGGCCAGGGACUGAUGGUACUGCUGGGCCCAACACUGCUCUCUUUUUGUGUUCAGUUUUUUGUUUCUGUUUUUUUUUUUUCAAUUCUUUACUUUUGAUA